AUUGAGACAUUGCAGGAGUUUUUGAAAGAUCAAGCUUCGUUCCCCUGUCACGGCAACCGCUCGCCGCCGCCGCAGGUGUUUCUCCCGGCCAAGGACUCCAUUCCCUCUAUACUCAGCGAUGAUCUCGAACAAUCGGAAUCGUCGGAUAGAAAUUCGAUGGGGGAUAUUAUGAGCGCGACGGGGAGCUGGGCGAGUCCGACUAAUUCGGUGGAGCAAGACGGAGAAAGCUAUUCCGAUUAUCAAUCGGAGAAGCAAUCUCAGUUUGGGGAUUCCGCGAGCAUGAACGGAAACGAGAACGAACAGAAUCUGACCCCUAAUUUUGCGUUCUUCGACGACGGACCACAAGAAAACGUAAAGCCCUAUCAAGAGCAGCUCCAUUUUGGCGCUCCGAGUGGGAGAUUAGGCGAUUGGGAACUCGUUCUGGCGGAGUCCGCAACGGAGCCGCCGCCUCAAGAGUGGCCGGAUUUCUUCGCGCCGUCCAUCGGAGACGACGAGUUCGUGAAAUCCAUCUCGCCGCAGCAGCAGUACAACAACCCGUUCCUUCAAGGUGCAGACGAUUUAUUCGCAGUUCCGCCGACGUUCACAGCAGAAUUCUCCAGUCCAGAGACGGAAAUCGCUCCGACAUUUCGGGCGCAGAAUUUCAAGGAGGAGACGGUCGCCGUGGCCGUAGCCCCAACUUUCCGCGCAGAAACGGUGCCAUUUUGUCCGGCGAAUAAUCUGAAUUUUGAGGCAUGGGGCUCGACGGAGACGGUUGUUGCGAACUCAACGAAGGAGAGCAAUCUGUUUUCAUUCAAUCCGGCCGGGGAAGACGAUCCAUUUGCAGUUUCAUGGCGUAGCAGUGAAAAGGGAAACGAUCGGAGUUUUGAUGGGAAGACGAUGAACGAAGAAAGUUUGUUGGAGCAGCAGAAAUUGUGGAAGGAGCAGCAAAACAAGAUUAUAGCGAAGCAUUUAGCGUGAGUUUUUUGGGAGGGCAAAAUGGGAAACUUCGGGUGUAAUUUUGUAAAUAGCCUCGAAAACUUUGCUUUCGAUUCAAAUUUGAUGAUUUAUUUGGCUAUUGGAAAAAAAAAAAAAUAAGGGCUCCCACUCAAAAACUGCCUCUUACAUCUUUGUAAGAUUUUUUUGGGUACACAUUUUCUGUUUUUGGCAAAAUGUAGUCUUGAGUUUCUAAA